UUUGCAAUUUUCAGAAGAUGGCGCUAAACAAGCUUUUAAAAUCCAAAUCGGCCACCAUUGUUGCGAUUGAAUCUUGUGCUAAGGUUUGUGAAGUUUUCAGUUUUCCUGUAAUAUUUAAUCGUUUUUGAGAUUGCACGUGAAGUGGUAUGAUAGUGAAUAAAAUGAAAUUUAAUAACAAAUCCUUAAAGUAACCUCCAGAGCAUAUUUUAAAACACUAAACGCGUUCAAAAUGUCACGCGAAGUGAGCAUCACAUUCGUGAGUACCAUACUUCGCUCGAACUCGAUGUGAUAUAUAUGAAAAUAACGUGACGAAAACAAUAAAUUAGUGUAGUUAUUAUAAUGCAACGUUUAUAACUGAUGUUGGUGCAUUUUGUGACAAGCGUGUGUCGAUGAAAACAUUUCAGAAUUUUCUGUACACGUCGUAAGGAAUCGCAGUUACGCGAGUGAGGGCUUGUAACUCGCCGGUAUCAUUAUGGUGGACUGAAGGAGUGUGGUGUACAAUAGGAGUUGAAUAAGUCGUUACAGUGCCCUCGGGGCUUUGCACAGGAUGUCUGGUGGCUCGCAACAUAACCCAAAUGGGAGGCAGUCGCAACUAGGAUCCAGUUGGAGUCCUUUACAGUUACAGGUGGCGAACCUGUUGGCUCGGGCGCCUCAAGCGCACAUGGCUUCAGAAAGGGGUGUCACAUGGCACACACCCACUCCACCGCCCCAUCUCUAUCAUGUACCAGCGCCUUCGCCUCCUGAUCCUCUUCAAAUGAUACAAUUGCAGGCAAUGAAAGCGGGCGGCAACGCGGUAUUUCGACACACGGCGACGCCGCCCGACCUCUACCGACAUACUCCUACGCCGCCGGACAAACAUCUUAUGAGACACACUCCAUCACCUGGUGAUGUGAAGGCUGGAUCGGGGAUACCUCCAGUUGACUUGUAUCCACAUUUGGGUCCUGGGCGAGUUUCAGAAAAACUUGUCCGAGCUGAAGAAUUAUUGGCAUACGCCCGUGGCGGUGUUGACUUGACGGUGGGGUCUCGGGGGUCCAACGGAUCGCCCCAUGCCCCAGCUCUAUCGGUGCGAGAUGCACCGACAAUAAACAGCCUUAUAGCCCGCGCAGCGCCACGUCCGUCUCACGCGAGGGUUGAUGCCCUUCUGGAGAGAUUAUCUGCACCUGCCCCUUCGUCGCCUCAUUCUGUGAUUGUCCAUUCUAGGGCGGCCCCUACGCCUUCGCCCCCAUCUUCUAAUGAGGAUUCGGCUGACUCCUGUGGAGCUCCUCCAGGUUCAAAGCGGAAAAGGAAACCGGAACGCACGAUACGAGUACCCAUUCCACCUCCGCCGUCGGAUAUGCCACGUCCUUUGCCCAUACAAAAUGGAGACACUCACAACGGGCCCGAGAAACCAGUAAAACAAAAUGAACCAGACAAACAGGACAAACAAGACAGACCGGAAAAGCCACCCACGCCCGAAAUGCCAGAACCACACGCCAGAAGAAAAACCCGCGCCGACUCCUCGGAAACAAUAGACGAUAUCGCAGCCCUGAUAGCCAACACGGAAAGAAGAGAUAUCCCCACUGAACCGUUCCCGGAACCAGAAACGCCCAUCACUAUUGACAAACUCAAAAGUGUCCUAGCUAGUCCCGAACCGGAGAAAUCGCCAGUAAAAACACCCCCCAAGUCCCCACCUAAAUCCCCACCGAAGUCGCCAAAAGAACAAAAAGAAAAAUCGCCACCGAAGAAGGAAGAAAUAGAACCGCCGCCGACAGCAGCAGCACCUAGACGCAGGAGCGCCAGAACAAACUCGGAAUCGACGAACGUUCCAGUGGAAUCACCCUCGGAGGCGAAACCGGCUGAACCCGAAGCCAGCGAAACGAAAACUGCGGAACCCACAUCGGCGUUCGUGGAAGUCGAGAAUCAAAUGGAGAAAAUGUUUGGUGGUGUUGAGGAACCUGCUAAAUCUAAAGCUGAGGAAAAGGCUACUACUAAACCGAAGAAAAGACGGAAAUCUGCACCUACGAAAGGUGAGAAAAAGGCCUCCAAGCGCUCUAGUAGGCGAUCGACGGGGGAUGAAGGGCCAAGAAGGAAGGUAGCGAGGAAAAAGGGGACAAGUAAGAAAGAGGCUUUGAAGGACGCGUAUGACUCGGGGAGUAAUGCCAGCUCCAGUCGGUCAAGGGGACCUUACAUUCAGAUCGUAGGGCCGAGAGACUCCCCAGUAUCAGUAGCAGUGGUUAACGCAACGGCGACAGAAGACGACAGACGUACGGCGGACGAAUGGCGGAAUGGGCUCAAAGCUCGCGGACUUCACGCGAGUACUUUGGGACUGAGAUACGACGCCAGUACUCCUGAUGCCUCGUGGCUGUGUGCCUUUUGUGAGAGAGGCCCGCACCACGCUGGCCUAGGAGACCUAUUCGGACCCUAUACGGUUGACACUGCCUGUGAUGAAUUUAGAUCGCUAGACGAAUUAUCACAGGCCCGUUUCCCUAGCGUGGAAGCCGGAGCAGAAGUUUGGUUCCACGAAGCAUGCGCGGUAUGGGCCCCGGGGCUCGUCGCCAUCGGUGCCCGAAUUUGGGGCCUCGCGCAAGCCGUUUGGGGCUCUCGGGCCUCAAAGUGCGCACAUUGUUCCACGUCCGGAGCGCCAAUUGCCUGCGCGACCAGAACUUGUCGUGCUAGGGCUCACCUGCCCUGUGCUCGCACCAACAAGUGGCAGUUGGACGAUGAAAACUUCAAGGCUGUCUGUCCUCGACACGCUUAGCACACUGCCUAAUAGUGAUAGUGUUAUACCAGUGAUUAUGAAAGUGUUUGUGAAGUGAUGAUGCCAAUCUUGGUGACUCUUUAAAGUAUAGAUUGGUUAGUCGUGCACUUGUUUGUGUUUGGCCGGAGGGUACCCACAAGUCUUUCAGUUUGUAUUACAGCCCGAGAGUGAACUUGCCUGGUAAGAAAACAGAACACAUAUGCCUAUCCUGACCUGGAUCACGGUCAUCAGUUUUUAGGAUGUAAUGACAUAUUGAAAUUAACAUUGGCCUUGUAGAAUGAAAUCUUGAAUUUAGGCUGAUGGAGUUUACCAAUAAAAAAAUUUUUAAUGAAGUUAACUAGAAUUCAUGAAGGUCCUAAAGACCAAAUUUGUAUGUAUUGUGGUCCGUAAUGCAUUCAUUUCAACUACAAAUGGUCUCCCUGUACCUGUGUGACAGUCAUGCCUCAGUUACCGUAAUAACCCAACUUAUAUAGUAUAACAACUCGGUUCUUGUUUUAAGGGACCAAAAAUUAACUUCCGAACACCUAAUCCCUUUAAUCUAGCAUUGGAAUAUUCUUGAAUCUUAAUUAGUAGCUUGUGCGAUUUAGUAUUUUAGCACAAAUUAUUUGUAACGGGUGAUAGAUCACAUGGAGUGGAUGCGGUUCAAAUGCAAUUCAUUUGUUGAAUUAUUACAAUUUUGUAUAAAUUUUACAGUAUUUUAUUGAGCUGUCAAUACUCAAUCGCUUUUAAUGGUUUCAAAUUCUUUAAAUACUUUUGUAUCUGAAAUUGGAAUCUCUCAUAAAAUUUCAAUCAUGUUUUGAGUAAUUUUGCCAAAUAAUUCUUACCGAAUUCGAGAAUAAAAUUCAUAUAACCAGAGGUGUUCUGAUGCCAAAUGCUUAAUUGCAUUUUCUAUAUUUUUGUGAUAUGAGUAUGUCGUAACAAUUAUGGAUCUUAGUUUUUUUUAAUAUUGUAUUAUGGUGAAGAAAACUUAAUACCGUUUAUAUAGAAGUAAGAGUCAAAUUUGGAAGUAUCACUGGCGGUAUGAUAAGUGCAUAAUAUGUUUAGUAUAGAUAAUUGUAGAUAUAUACUUUGUUAUAAAGUUUUAGAAGUAAUUUAUGAAUUGCAGCAUCACUGUACAUAAGUCAUGGAAUUGUAUAUAUAGUGUAAUGUAUAUAUCAAUUGUAGCAUCAGAACACCAUUUAUUAGUUGUAGGCAAACUGUACUAUAUAUUGUACAGUUAAAGCCUCAUAGGAUUAAAAUUCUAUACAGGUGGACGGAGAUGGAUUUAAAAGGCAAAAAUAAAAUUAAACCUCAUUUAAAAUCAGUAUUUUUUGCAACUGAAAUUUUGACAGUGACAAAUAGCAUUAUUUGUGCAUAGAUUGUAUACAAUUUUAGAAUAUAAAAAAUUUAAUGACUACUUCAAUCUUUGUUAGUUGUUUGUCUGUGGCAGUAAGGUUAUUCUUGAAAAGGUUGCCAGUUUUUUCUUACAAAUUAAAUGAUAUUAUGACACUUUGUGGACACCUGUAUAGUUUUUGACUGUACUUUAUAUUGUAUAGGCAUAAGCGCCAAUGUUAUAUAUGGAAUAAAACUAUUUACUCUAUUGAAACUGUGUUUAGUUAAUACCUAUUAGGUCUACAACAAAGCAUACUAUGUGUUACAAUACGACUGCAUAAAAUAUAAUGUUAGAAUAUUUUUUUUGUAUACCCAAACCACAAGUAAUACAAUUUUUAUUAAUUUAAUACAUUAGCACAGUCUAAAAUUUUGUUUCAAAAAUGGAUAUCAGUUAAAUUUUUAUGUCAAUGUUAGCGAUAUACUUCAAACUCCCGCCUUUGUAUCUUUAUUAUUUACUGAGAAUCAUUCAUAUAUAUUUCUUGUGAUAUUAAAAUAUUCCAUUGCCAAUAUAGUAUUGGAGAAAAAAAAAUAUUCGAAAAAAUUCCAAUUUCUCGGGUUCGUAGAAGUAAAUGAUUAAAGGAAAUAAUACCAUUUUAAAAUAUGUUUGUAUUGUAUAUAAAAAUUUAAUAUUCUUAGUUAAUAUACCAAAAUAUUGCUGUAAUCUCUUCUAUUAUUAUUAUGUUUACAGUCUCCAUAAGUUAUUCAUAUAGAAAAUGUAUAAUUCGUUUUAAAACUCAUACAGUUUCCGACAGAAAUAGUUUUAUUUCAAUAUAAAUAUUAAGAAAAUCUGAAGACAGUAUUUAUUAGAAGUAUCCAUAAAAUUAGUGAAAAUCAAGCUAAGAAACGUCGCGGGCGAUUUUAUUGUUGAUAAAAAUUAAACCAACCAAUUUAAAUUGGUUGAUCUGAUAAGUGUACAAUAAAUGUGAUAGUGUAUUUAAUUUGUUUCUAUGUUUAAAAGUCGGAAAUUAUAUUUAUUUUGACAAAGACUAGAACAUUAUGUCUGAAAAAAAAGAACAACUGCAAUGAAUUGAACAAAAUAACAUGAAUGGGUAAGUUUCUAAGUCAAGACUCAACUAAAAGACUUCCUUAUGUCAAAUUCAUAUUUUGACACAUGGAGGUGAUACUUACCCUGAGUCGACUUUGAGCUGUACCCAUAAACGAUCUGUCAUUUAAAACACAUAAUUGAAACCAAGGUUAUAUUUAAAAAUACAUAUAAUCACUAAACCAGAAAAAUAUUAACGAAAAUUGCCUUAAUACACUAUCGCGUUUAUUUUAAACUUACAUAUUCUAGAAAAAAUAUGUAAAGAUAUAUAAAUUGUAUCUAACAAUAAAAUACAGUGUUGCCAUCAGCUACCAAACUAGUCGCCAAGUUUUUAAUUUCUAUAAAGGAUUAAUAAUGGAAAUAAUGUAUGAUUUAUCUUAAGUCAUUAAAAGCUUGAAGAAAUACUUAAUGCAACAGUGUUACGAGUUCAUUUUGGAAAGUGAUAGGAAUCGAAACUCAUGUGAUAAUAGGGAACUCUUUUUUAAUACCGAAGGUUCAUUAUUCUUUGCGCGCAAUGCUUAUAACUCUUUCAAUUGCCAAAAUAUUCUUGUAAGACUACUAUCUAAAUAUAUACUUUUUGUCAAUGUUCUAAAGACAUUUUUAGUCUAUGGCUGAAAACGGUUUAACAGUGUUGCCCGUUAACAAAUGGAGACUUCAUAAAGUGAAAAACGCAGCAAUAACGCAAAUACAGGUUAUUGCCCACGAAUAUACAAUAAACAUAUUGUUAUACUUGUUACUCACGUUUUCACCAAGAAAAAUAAUUUAUUUGAAUACAAAAUUAUCAGAAACAAUGAAAUUAAAACUUUGAGCAUUUUUGCACUUUUUAAAAUAUUAUUUAGUCAACGCGGAUCACUAUUGAAAUCCUAAAAGAUAACAAAAUGUUUUAAGCAUUUGUAUAUUAUGCUUUGAGUAGCUUUGAUAAAAUUUUAACUAAAUGAAUUUUAGCGGGAAUGUGGUGUAAGUUAAUCAAACUUUCCAGUGAAUUAGAAUAGAUGUAGAGGAGAUUAACGUACAAAUUUAUAGUAGGAAUGAUCAGGCCAGUUUAGUGUUUUAAAAGUUUAUUCAGACAUGGCGCGUAGAUGCGAACAAUAUCGGAUACUCCAAAGCCUUUAUAAUUGUAAAUGGUGUAAUUUUUUUAAACAAUUACGGCAAAUUUACUUUAAGUAUGUAAUUGUUAUAAAUUAUAUUUAUCAUGACAUUAUAAGCAAAUUGAAAUACAACAUGUUUAAAAUGA